AUGGUUCUUGAUGUGAGAGACAAGAUGAAGAAGUUUGUUUCAAGUUUGGGAAGACAUGUGAAGAAGGUGUACCAGGUAGCCCUGUUUAUAUUAGAUAUGGACGCCUCCAGACUCAUGGAGUACUCCCAACAAGUUGAGGAGAAUAAGAAGAACAAGACAGAGGAGCACCAAAGCAAGAGGGAAAGAUCCAAAGAUAGCAACAGGAAUGACCAAAUAUUUCGACGUAACUUGCAUAUUAGAGUUCAGGGUUCUCAGCUCCAAGGAAGUGUGGCAAAGGGUCCUACGAGGACACCGCUUUGUCGUAAGUACAGAAAUCUCCAUCUUGGAGAGUGUCAUGCAUGCACUAAUGGUUGUUACAACUGUGACCAGAUAGGUGACUUCUAUAGAGAUUGUCUGAUGGGGAGAUAG